AUGUCCAAAUCAAGCCACCACCAACCCUCAUCAUCAUCAGCAGGCGGCGCAGGCGGCGGCAUGCCCCCAGAGCUCUCGGACCUGCACUGCUUCACCGAGACAAACGGCGUCAUCACCUCGUCCAUGAACGACAUCCCCGGGUACCGCGUCGUCCGCGUGCUCGGCGCCGUCUACGGCCUCACCGUGCGCGCCCGCAACUGGGCCGCGGGCCUGACCAUGGUGCUCAAGUCCGCGGCGGGCGGCGAGCUGCGCUGGUUCACCAACCUGCUCUACUCGGCGCGCAACGACGCCAUCGGCCGCGUCGUGGGCGAGUGCCAGGCCCGCGGCGGCAACGCCGUCAUCGCCCUGCGCUUCGACGCCUCGGGCGACGGCGGCUUCGCCCAGGUCUGCGCCUACGGCACCGCCUGCGUCGUCGAGAAGAUCGACCCGGAGCUGCCCGAGUACCCGCAGCUCGUCAGGAGCGGGUAG